CGAAACGUCGAAACUUGUUUCUAUCCCGUUAUCGUUUUGACAGUACAAACCUAUCCAUUUUCUAAGUAUUUAAUGUGUAAACAUUUUCGAAAGCAUCUAUAGAUUUUAAAGAUGAUGAUGUGUUCCUUGUUAUGGGUUGAAAAUAGAAUCUCGUGCUUAAACGAUUGAUAAGGUUAAAAUUAUGCCUUGUCAAUAUUUAUUUGUACGAAUAAUAGUAAAAUUUUGUAUUAAAAUAUAAUCGAGAACAUGGGCCCACCACCCGUGGUAACGGGUAUUUCUCCUAAGGAAGGACCUCCAGGAACCCGCGUGAUAGUUCGCGGUGAAUUCCUGGGUAACAAGGCGCAAGAUCUCACAGGUCUAACAAUAUGCGGAUGUGAUUGCCUUUUGUCGGCUGAGUGGAAGUCUUCAAAUAAAAUCAUUGCUAGAUCAGGGCCAUGUAAAGGUCGCGGUGAUAUUAUCGUAACUACUCGCAGUGGAGGACAAGGAACAUCAACAGUACAAUUUCGUGGAUAUCAUGAAACUAUUGGUCCCAUGAAAGAAUCUGCAGUAUGGGUGGAAGAAGCACCUAUACAGAGUUACGUAUGGGGUAGAAGAACCCUUUCCCCAACAAAUUACCAGCAGGAAGAUCCUCUAGGAUUAAGUGUGGAGGGCAAUGA